CAGUCUCUGGCGGACGACCUAUGGUGGAGUUUGUGGUGGAGUGUGGAAUGGAGGAAUACAGAAGACGGAACUGUGCCCCUCGCAGGCGUACGUCGUAAUUGUAAGGAUCUAGGUCUCCUCCAGCUGUCCAGUGUGUCUCGACAGAGUACGUUAUUAGCGCGCGAGUACGUCUGUUGUUACGUAACACUCGUGCAACGCGGAAUCUCGCGAUGCCAGUCUAAACGCGAGCUCCACUGUAAUUCAUCUUGAGCCGCGCGCUUCGUCCCGCCGUCUCGGCUUCCCCCGUAUCGCUCCUGAGUCGCCUGAAUUUGUUGACGCGGGUCAAAUUGACAGCUGCGACACGCGGACGAAAAGUCGGCCGCCUCGUUUCGCUCUCACGCUACAGCUUGGCCUUGGGGCUUGCCUGCGACUCCCCUUCAAUUCUGUUUACCCUGUCCAUUUCUUCAAGAGCGCGAUGUACGGCUCCACCGAUCCGGGAUCGGGGGUCAAUCCGGAGGUGCAACGAUGGUUCUCCACGGUGGACAGGGACGGAAGCGGACGAAUAACGGCCGAGGAAUUGAAGUCGGCGCUGGCCAACGGUCAAGGGGGUACUUUCUCUGACACGGCGUGCAAGUUGAUGAUUGGUAUGUUCGACAAGGAGAAGAAUGGCACUAUAAACGCAACGGAGUUUCAGGCUCUUUACAACUACAUAAAUUCUUGGCUUGGUGUGUUUCGCGGCUUCGACCACGAUAAUUCGGGUAGUAUACAGGAGAACGAGCUGAGCGCGGCCCUAACGCAAAUGGGCUACAGGCUCAGUCCGGAGUUCAUCCAGUUUCUCAUAAAAAAGAGCGAUCUUAGUGGCCACCGGUCCAUCACUGUCGACCAGUUCAUAGUACUGUGUGUUCAAAUACAGAGGUUUACAGAGGCCUUUAGGACCAAAGACACGGAACAAACUGGAUCAAUUACUAUCGGAUUUGAAGACUUUCUGGGAGUAGCUCUUAGCUGCAGCAUAUAACGUCUUCGUAUUUUAAUAAUAAUACGGUUAAAUUACUUUCCACACUUGCGUAUGCUGGAAAAGCAAUCAUUGUUUAGCUUAUGCCACGAGUUCUAUUUUUCUAUCUUGGAUAAUGUAAAACAUAGGUUUAAGAACGUAGAGUUAUAAGAGAUCUCUUGGUAUUAUAGUUGGAAAUUUUUACCUUCUUUGCAGGCUUUUAGCGACUUUUAUUUAUGCUUAAUUAUACGUAGCGACAAGAGCUAAGAUUGUUAAUGAAUAUAAGAAGCGCGAAAAUUAUGCUUCCUACCGAUACCUCAAAUGACAAUGAAGCACGUUUAUUUUUCAUACACGUUAACAUUUUACAUUCGUAACGAGAUUUAACGUAGCGUUGAAAUAAAAAAUGAAUAUCACAUGAC